UCAGCAUAGGAGGAAAGAGAGUGGACAUCAGGGCGUGCGGGGUGGAGAGGGCGGGAGCUCGAAUGGGCCGCCGAUGGGAUUCUUCCCGCUGCAUGAUGUGGUGGGCUCGAAUGCACACGCACAGGGCCAGGAGCUGCCGAAGAAAGUGAAGAAGCACGACAGCAAGAAGGUGGAUAACAGACACAAUACAGCACAAGAGACGAGCGGGGUCCCAGUAUACUUAGAAGCCUCGGACGCGAAAAAGAAACAUAGACGGAAGAGCCAGAAAAUGAAGGAUCCAGAUGCCCCGAAGCAUCCUAAAUCGGCGUUCAUUUUCUUCAAUUCGACGGAGAAUCGGCAGAAGUUGAAAGAUGAGAACCCGGAGAUGUUGUUCAAGGACAUCGGAGCCAAGAUGGGUGAACGAUGGAAAACCAUGCCAGCUGCCGAACGCGAAGUAUACGAGAAGCAUGCUGCCGAGGAAAAAGAGAAAUAUCUGGCGGCGAAGGCGGCGUACACCCCCAAGGUUUCGGUGGAGGGGAGCAAUGACACGGAUGUCGAUAUGGUGGAUGGCUAAGGCUGGAAACGGAAGCUUGAGAAGUGAUUCUCAAGGACACAAGCAUUGAGAACGGAGUUUUGGCACCGCAGGAGCUCCGUUACUGAGGAGGGAUAUGAGUGGUUUGGUCAUCACGGUUCGUUUUCUGGCUUGGUAUUGCGAAUGCAUACGUUGUUAAUUGGGAAAAAGUACGAUAAGAUACCCCGUAGACGUGUCUCAUAGAUUAUUACGAGGCAGUUAAUUAGAUGGGAAGAGCCUCUGAGCUCGUUAGACUUCAUUAAAUAUCUUUCCCUAUAAC